AUGCGGGCGUCCGAGGGCAUGGACUCGGAGAUGGUGACGGAGCUCUCGGUCGGCGUGCUGCUCAAGGUGCUGGCCGUCGGCCAGGGCCGCCGCGUGAAGGUCCAGGUCUCUGGCGACGAGGGCACGGUGGGUUGGAUUAGCACGAAGACUAAGCUCAACGAACCCUUGAUCAUGAAGCGGGGCCUCGAGAUCGGUGCGGUGUUCAUGGACUUCGAGAAGGGCGGCAUCCACGAGAUCAAGUCGAUGGUCACCGUGCGGAGCGAGGAGAAGCUCGAGAGCGAGGUCCUGCAGGAGCUGCAGCCGGGGAGCCGCGUCCGCAUCGACGAGAUCGGCAAGCACAACAACCGGCGCGUCAAGGUCUCCGAGGCGGAGAAAGGGACGGAGAUCGGUUGGAUCAGCACCUGCACGAGGCACGGGGAGCUGCUGAUCGGCAAGGUCACCGAGGGCGGCAAGGUCGAGGCCCCUAAGGCAGGCAUGUUCGGGGCGAGCAGCACCAAGAUCAAGACCCUGCUAGAGGCGGCGAGGUCCAACGACCUCCAGGAGCUGAAGAGGAUUGUCGAGGGCAGCUCUGGCAUGAUGUCCAAGUUCACCAGCCGGCCGAACCUGAACAGCAGCGACAUCCGCGGCAAGAAUUGCCUGAUAUACGCGUGCGCCUUUGGUCACAAGGAGGUUGUCGACUACCUCCUCUCGAAAACGAAGGAAGUAGACGUCAACGCAGUGGACGACACGGCGAAGAGCGCGCUGCACCAUUCGUGCAAGAGGGCGAAGGCGUCGAGCGAAGACACGGUGAAUGUCGAGAUCGUCUCUGCAUUGAUCGAGGCCGAUGCCAACAAGGAGGCCCGUGACCACAACGGGUGCACCCCGCUCAUGUUCGCGGUGGCAAAUGGCGACCAGAGGGUGGUGCAGAGGCUGGUGACGGCCCAGGCCAACCUGAACGUCAAGGACUUCGAGGGGCACACCUGCCUGGACUACGCGACCAACUUUGGGCACACGGAGCUGUUCGUUAUGCUCAAGCAGUGCGGGGCCGUGUCGGGCCUCCCCGAGGACAACGACGAGCCCGGCGAGGGCGAGGGCAACGACGAGCGCGACGUGGACGUCGCCCAGGAUGCCGCGACGCCGCAAGGUGCAGAGGCGGAGGACGGGGAGGACAAGGCGAAGAAGAAGGUGAAGAAGAAGAAGAAGCCCGAGGAGGGCGAGGAGGCCGCCCCGGCGGCCGAGGGCGACGAGAAGCCGAAGAAGAAGACGAAGAAGAAGGUCGGGGACAAGGAGAAGGAGGAGAAGAAGAAGGUGAAGAAGCGGAUGAGCGCCGUGGGCAUUGGGAUGGCAGAGGCCCUCGCGCAGGAGCCCGAGGACCCGAAGGCGGAGGUCACCGUUGAGGUGGUGACGGAGGAGUCGAACGCCCAGCAGCGCGCCCUCAAGAAGCUCGCUGUGCUGCUGAAGGACCCCAAGGUCACUGCCGCCGAGCUCAAGGGCGCGAUCGACGUCGCCAAGGGCGCCGGCGUGCCCGAGGCGGAGGUGGCGGAGGCGGAGGCCAGGUGCCAGAAGCUCUCUGAGAUGGCGCUGGCCUCGCAGCAGCUGCGGGUGGCCAUCCAGGAGAGGAACGUGACGGCGCUCCAGGUGGCGGUGAAGAGGGCGGAGGAGCUCAAGUUGAGCAAGAAAGACAUCGAGCAAGCCAGGCAGGUUCUCCAGGAGGAGGAGCCCAAGGAAGAGGCGAAGAAGAAGCUUGUCGCCGCCGCCGGCAGUGGCGACGUGAAGGUCCUCAAGAAGGCCAUCAAAGAGGCCACCAAGGUGGGCGUGAGUGCCUCCGACCUCGCUGAGUAUGAGGAGCUGCUCAAGGGAUCAGAGAACAAGGAGGCGGCCACCAAGGCCCUCAAGGAGGCGCUGGAGUCCAUGGACAUCACAGCGCUGAAAAUUGCCAUCUCCCAAGCGAAAGAGGCGGGCGUCGACGCAGCUACGGUGCAGCAGGCGGAGGAGGCGUUGGCCGUUGAGGCGCCGAAGGCGGAGGCCCGGGACGCCAUCGAGGAGGCCAUCGACGCUGGCGACAUGGCGAAACUCGAGGAGGCCAUCGAGAUGGGCAGGAGGGCGGGGCUGGCCAACUCCGAGAUUACGCAGGCGGAGGAGGUGGUGAAGAAGGAGGCCGAGAAGGUGAAGUUGCUUGCCAAGGUGAAGGAGGUGAUGGAGGAGACCAUGUCGUGCGACAUGAAGGAGAUUGACGCCGUGAGAGCAGCCAAGGAGAUUGAAAAGCUCAACGACGCCAUCCUCGCGGCCCUAGAGAUUGGCGUGAAGGAGGACAAGAUCUACGAAGCGGAGGUGCGAAGAAAGAAGCUGCACAACAUCGUGGAGGACCUGAAAGGAUCCAUCCGCGUCUUCUGCAGGAUCCGCCCGCUCAGCAAGAAGGAGAGUUGGCGGCGGGCGACACCGACGUUACCAAGCAGAUCAAUGUGCAGACCGUCGAGGUGA